GCUUCUACACAGUUUGAGCAAAGCUGAGUCAUUCAUUUAUGACUGGAGAAGAUUAUUGAUUUAUGUUCCAGGACUAUAACAGUGUUGUGACUUCAUCUUCAACUUGAGGAGAUCACACAGAGGCUGAAGUAGAGAGAGAAGCUUCUUCGUGGGGUGAGGGGAACCAGGGCUGGUUGGACUCUAACCUCCAUAUCAUCCUCUGUUGUGCUACUGCAGACCCACAGCUCUCUGAGGCCUUGAAGGACUCACCUCUUAAAUCUUGACCCCUUGAUUUCUCCUGCACCCACCUGACCAUGGAUUCACUGGGUGGUCCGUACCUCAACAAGAAGGCCCUCUGCUCACCUCUGGGUGCUGCCCGCCUCUGCCAGUUGGCAUUGGGCUGUGCUGUGAUCGCCAUGGUAACCCACAGUGCCGGCUACAGCGGGUCACACGGUGUGUUCUGCAUGGCGGCGUGGUGCUUCUGCUUCGCCAUGACGGUCGUGGUGUUCUUUCUGGAUGCUACCCGUCUCCACAGCUGCCUCCCCAUAUCCUGGGACAACCUGACGGUCACGUGUGCGGCGUUCGCCACGCUCAUGUAUGUUACAGCUUCCGUGGUCUACCCUCUCUUCUUUGUUCGAAUCGAGUGUCCCUACGCCGGCUGCAAUGUCCGAGAUUUCCGCAUCGCCGUCACCGUCUGCUCCAUCUUGGCCACUCUGGCCUACGGGGCCGAGGUGGCUCUGUGCCGAGCCAGGCCGGGCCAGGCUGUUGUGGGCUACAUGGCCACCGUCUCUGGCCUCCUCAAAGUCGUGCAGGGCUUCGUUGCCUGCAUUAUCUUCGGAGCUCUGGCCAACGGGAGCGAGUACUCACGUUACGCUGCUACAAUCUACUGCGUGGUCGUCUACGCUUUCUGCUUCGCUCUGACUGCUCUGGUGGUCAUGAUGACCGUGUGUGGUCGGACCAAAGCUGUGCGCUGCAUGCCCUUUGACCGCUUUACAGUAGUGUGCACCCUCCUGGAAGUUCUACUCUACCUGAGUGCAUCAGUGGUGUGGCCAGUGUUCUGCUUUGACAUGAAAUACGGGUCCCCGUGGAGACCGUCGUCAUGUCCUCGGGGGAAGUGUCCGUGGGACAGCAAGGUCGUGGUGGCGGUGUUUUCUUUCGUCAACUUUGUUCUGUACCUGGUGGACCUGAUCUACUCCCAGAGGAUACGAUUUGUCUCCUCACGUGUGCCCACUAUCUCACGGGCGUAG